GCAGGGGCGCUGUGCACAACAUCACUAAGGAAGAAGAGGAAGCACUUCCGCAGGUCAGAGGUAAACAGGCGUGUUUGAAAACAUGGAUGAAGACAAACUACCUAGUGAUGGAGACAUUGGAUCUGUCAUGGGGUUCUCUGGGUUUGGUAAGAAGGCUCGCACAUUUGAUCUUGAAGCCAUUUUUGAGCAGACCAGGAGAACAGCUAUUGAAAGGAGUCAGCGAAUCCUGGAGGAGCGACAGAGAGGAGCUCAGAUGGAAGAGGAAGGUGAGAGCUCCAAGUCACUUAAUCCAUCAGUCCCCGGUCAGAGAGACAAAGGUGCAGCUAGGAGCCAAGGUGGCAGUGACAGCAGCGAUUCAGACUCUGAGAUCAUUGGUCCUCCAGUGCCCUCUCAACCUGUAGCCCAGGAGGAAAAUGAUGAGCCUAUAGGCCCCCCCCUUCCACCAGGUUAUAGGGACAGCUCAGCCAACAGUGAUGAUGAUGAAGCUGAGGCAAAAGAUGAUGAUGACGACGACGAUGAUGACGACGAUGAUGAUGAUGAUGAUAACCCAGUGAAGAAGAUUCCAGACACCCAUGAGAUCACUUUACAGCACGGCACCAAAACAGUAUCAGCUCUUGGUUUAGACCCCUCUGGAGCCCGCCUAGUGACGGGCGGAUACGAUUACGAUGUGCGGUUCUGGGACUUUGCCGGGAUGGACCAGGCUCUACAGGCCUUCCGAACCCUGCAGCCCUGUGAGUGUCAUCAGAUCAAGACCUUGCAAUACAGCAUCACAGGUGAUGUCCUCCUGGUGGUCUCUGGCAAUGCACAGGCCAAAGUGUUGGACCGGGAUGGCUUUAACGUCAUGGAGUGUGUGAAAGGAGACCAGUACAUUGUGGAUAUGGCCAACACAAAGGGACACACAGCUAUGCUGAACAGUGGCUGCUGGCAUCCUAAGAUGAAAGAAGAGUUCAUGACCUGCUCGUAUGACGGCACUGUACGCACUUGGGACGUGAACUCAGAAAAGAAGCACAAGUUGGUGUUCAAACCUCGCUCCCAGCAGGGGAAGAAGGUCGUCCCCACCUGCUGCACUUACAGCCGCGACGGGAAGCUCAUUGCAGCAGGGUGCCAAGAUGGCACCAUCCAGAUCUGGGAUCGAAACAUGAGCGUUCACACAAAGUUCCACUGUCGGCAAGCCCACACUCCAGGAUCAGACACCUCCAGCCUUUGCUUUUCAUACGAUGGCGUCACCCUCGCUUCCCGUGGAGGUGAUGACACACUAAAGAUCUGGGAUAUACGUAACUUUAGGAAGCCUGUAAAUGAAGCAAACAGACUGACCAACUACUUCUCCAUGACGGAUUGCUGUUUCAGCCCUGAUGACAGACUUGUUGUGACAGGGACCUCCGUGAAGAAGGAGGAGGGAAAUGGAAAGCUGGUUUUCUUUGACAGAGCUUCUUUUCAGAAGGUCUAUGAAAUUGAAGUCACCAACGCAAGUGUCAUUCGCUGCCUGUGGCAUCCAAAACUGAAUCAAAUAAUGGCGGGUACUGGGAACGGCCUGGUCAAGGUAUACUACGAUCCAGUUAAAAGUCACAGAGGGGCCAAGCUGUGUGUAGUGAAGAACAAACGGAAAGAGAAACACGCAGAGACACUAACGCAGGAUUACAUCAUCACACCUCAUGCUCUGCCCAUGUUCAGAGAGGCCCGGCAGCGGAGUACACGGAAACAGCUGGAGAAAGAUAGACUGGACCCCAAGAAAUCCCACAAACCGGAGCCUCCUGUUUCCGGACCUGGUCGAGGAGGUAGAGUAGCUGCUCACGGGGGCACGCUGUCUUCGUUUAUCGUAAAGAACAUCGCUUUGGAUAAAACGGACGACAGUAAUCCAAGAGAAGCCAUUCUGCGUCAUGCCAAGGAGGCAUCAGAGAACCCUUACUGGAUCGCACCCGCAUACAAACAGACCCAACCGGAGCCUGUGUUCGCAGAGGAGUCGGACGAGGAUGAGGAGGCUGAAAAAGAACCAGAGUGGAAGAAACGCAAGAUCUAGAAGACUGAAGAGAUUAGCUGAUAGUUUGGUUAAAGCAGAAAGGCAGACAAAAUGCUCAGGAACGUCAAUUAAAUUCCAUCUCUGCCCUCUGUUCUGUAGACAUAAAGCUUAAAGCCUCUCUUUAUAUUCUGCUGUAGUGAAUAAAGUAAACUCGUAAAUCUAAAUUUACCAUUCUACAGUUUUAUGAUCCUUUCACUGCUAAACAUGAACCGCUUCCCUUUUUAUGUCUGUUUUGAUUGUGUCGACUAUAAUUAUAUAAUUUCUAUUGUCCUCACACCCUAGGUCUCCAGAGGUUACUAAUACCUCGUAAAUCAGCUCCAGAUUUUUGUGGUUCGGUGCCGUUCGUUACCAGGAGAGUUUGCAAAUAGUGCAUCGUAAUAUGAUUUUAGCUGUUUUUAUGUGGGAAUAUUUUUUAGAUUCUACGUUUUGAAAGCUGUGCUUUUUUUCGCAAGGCCUUCAAUUAUUUGCUGUUUUCUCUACACCAUGUAAACCAACUCAAACCUUAAAUAAAGGAACAUAUCUCCUCUUGUCAAA